UUGUUGAGCAUCACACCUUUCUAUACUGUCUCUCCACUACCACUACCUUCUUCUUCACCUUCCUCCAUCUAUCAUUGCGGUCUAGCUGAGUCUGCAUGGCGGCUGUGCGCAAGGUGGCAACACUGGACGAGCUGUAUGCUUCCGAAGAGUCGACUGGUAGCGAUGCUCCGCUUGAGGGUCUCACCAUCACCGAUACAAACUACGAAUGGGUAGCUGAUGCGUUGCUGGACGAUCUGUCGCAAGUGGCGGCAGCCGAGGGCCCGCCUUGGGAGUCGAUCAAGACCAAGAACGGGUGCUCGGUGACACAGGACAAAUCGGGCGAGCUGGCUAUCACCCGUGGCAAGUUCAUCUUCCGCCGGUCGGCAAGGAUUAUGUUCCAGGUCUUCCGCUCCAACCUGCAUCUCAAGGCCUGCGACUCGCGGUUCAAGUCGGCCGAGCUUCUGGAGACCUUCUCGCCAACCUGCUCCAUCUCGCAGAUGCUGUACAAGUUUCCCAUGCCGCUCAAGGACCGCGCCAUGGUUACCUUUGACACCGAGCGCAUGGCUUGCGCUGACAACGACUGGGAGUACAUCGUGUGCUCGUCAUCCGCCGCCCACCCAGCGCCACUUCCGCGCAAACAUGUCCGCCUCUUCCUCCAGCGAUCCGGAUACGUCAUUGUGCCGCUCAACGCAGACGGCUCGCGUGUCACGUCGGCUGCCGAGGAGGCCGCCUCCUCCGCCUGUCUCGUCACAUGGAUUGCCCAGGUCGAUCCGCGCGGCAAGGUGCCCAAGAAGGUCUCCAACAUGCAGUCCUCCGCUGCCUUUAUCUUGCUCGACGUCCGCGACUGGAUGAACCGUGACCCAAAGGUUGUUGCCCACUACCAAGGCCUCGCCGCAGAAGCCUCUUACCCAGAUGGAUAGCCACCCGAUUGCACGCUCUAUUGAACAUGGAUACUUGGCCC